CCCUCGCCGAGAAAGGCGUUUGAAGCGUUUGCCCUUCCAUACAGGAAGAUAGCUUCCCUAUUCUAUGCCCUCUCCGCUGCAACAACUUUGUGGGAAAAAGCACCGGAAAGUGCGAGUCCGUCAAUAGCACCUGCAGAUUGCAGUGAGGCAAGCACGGAUUGCUGCUGGGAUAGAUGCUAUCGACAGCGACGAGGUGCCCUGAUAUACUUGCUGGUAUGGAAGCGGAAGAGAAGAGUUUUUUUCUAUCGGUAGGCGGGGACAGUCAGGUUUGACAAUGAGGACGAAUCAAUCGCAAUCAGAUGCUUCCUCGGAUUCAGAUACAUGUUCGGGUAGUGAGGUACAGCAUGUCCUCAAAUGCAGCCUUCAUAGAGUCAAUGUGAGGAGGACGAGGAUGGGCAUCGGAGAUCGGAGAUCAAAGGGGGGUGGAAAAGCUGCUGCCGGAUCCACUACGACUGUACUAGUAGACGACUGACAUCUGCACCGGUACGGUAGGACAUUCAGAUACUUAAAGUGCAGAUUUCGAGCGAGGACUUAAAGGCCACAUAGUAUCCUCAUCCCUAAGAAACUCUAACCCAUACUAAAAUCGUUCCAGUUUUUGAGGGCCCUCGAGCUAUCCGACACUGCAGAUUUAGGAUCCAAUUCCAAAAUGACCUUUUGCCAAAGAUAUGGGUACUGCCACCUCUAUACAACUACAGUCCAUAAGUUUGGCAUAGAAACAGCCAACACCGAAGAAACCAAGUGAAGAUGAGCACAGCUUAUCACGUCCGGUUCGACAAUGAACCUCGAGUGAUUGCGGUACUUCCUGUUGAGGAGGCGGUUGGAAGUGACUGUGACGAAGAGGAAGAGCCCCACGACCCCUGGGAAGAAGACGAGGCCAUGGAUCGUAACACGGAAGAUCCUUCCUUCAAUGACGAGCAAGAAGAGUUGGCCCGCGAUGAGCAGCGCAAGAAGAAAGCGGCCAAGCCUCCUCCGUUUCAGUUGCUCCGUUGGCAGGAACAAAACAAGAAGCAAGUGAUUCGCACGGAACUCUUUGAAGAACUGCGUGCCUACGAAGCCCAGCGGCGCACGACCUUUAGUGCGAAAUUGGAAGCCACGCAGCUCUACUUUAAAAGUCUCAUGGAUCUCCUGCAGAACAGUUUCGAUGAAACCGCCAAGGUCUACCGGUUGGCAUUGGGCACUUCCAUUGCACAGAGUCAAUAUGCGCGGGCAAUUACACAGAGGGGAGUCACGCAGGCUCCUAGAGAUUCCUCUCCCUCGGCCGCCUUGUUGCAUUCCUGGCAGGAAGCCAACACCAUUUUGGCGGCGACUCUGGAAGAAAGUGCCGUCGAUAUUGAGGACAAUGUCGUCUCGGUUCUAUCGUCCUUUCAGGAUGCCUUGCAGGAUCAAAAGAAUCAAUUUGAAAACGUUGGAAAACCUAUUCUGGCAGAACUAGAGCACAUGGAAGCGCAGGUUCAGAAAACUUGGGAGGCGUACUGGAGGACAGCUGCCAAGAGCAUGGAUUCUGGGUCAGCAGGUGCCCCCGUUGCCAACAAUUUCGAGGAACCAGCCGACAGCGUCCAGCAAGCAGACGUCCAGCAUAUCCCCAUCGAAGAUUUGUGGGUCGUCGAGAUGCAGUAUCAAAUGUCCGUGUCCCUCCAGAGAUCCACCUGGGAGAAACGUGGACCCGAGAUUGUUAGGCUCGCCGCUUCCAGCAAGGAAAUGGAAGUCACUCGUCGCAUCAAGUUGAACGAAUGCAUGGUCCAGUUCUUGAACUGUCUCCAAAAGCUAUUCAAGAGCAUUGGAGAAGAAGCCGACAUGAAGCUUCCCAGUGGAUCGGCCAUGAUGGUCAAUUCCCUCGAAGCCAUCCACUCGGAUAUGGAAAAGAGAGUCAAAUCGCACGUCGAGGCAAACUUGCCCGAUGAAUUCCAGCUCUCCCUGCCCGAUGAUUCGGCGGCCGGCUUUGGUCUGGACUGUGAGGGAUUGGUCAUUACGGCCCGCGUCAUGGAAUGGAAGAACUCGUACACUCCCAUGAGUGCCGCCGAUAGGUGGAGGAUUGCCUUGGCAGUCAUCACGGUGGAUCAGUACCUGCACAUUUUUGAUCUCUCGCCAUUCACCAUGGCUACCGAAGUGGACUUUGGUGAUCCCAAGAUCUAUCCAGGAUGCGACCCCCGCGUUGCCAUGGAGCACUUGUUCCCCUUCUUUAGCAAGGAAGCCGUGGAGAAAAAGCAAGGCAACGGCGGCCAUCAAGGUCAAGGCGGAAAAGUGACGAUUCGUGACAAGAUGGUACCGGAACGUACCCUUCGCCUCUCCAAGAAUUGCACGUUCCAACAGCUGAACGGGGAGUGUUGUGAAUUGACGCAAAAGACGGUCAACAAAUCCCGUUUCUUGGGAAAGAGGCAAAAGCCACUCUACAAGGCGCAGCUUCGCAUCCUUUCGGUGGAUCCGGGUGUGGCGGCAGAGAAAGACGCGUUCUUUGCUCUCUUGAAGCAGGCCACCAGGUCGUAACUUGAGUAAGAAGGCAGGCCGACCAAGAGGCACUUUAGGUUAGUAGUCGCAUGCGCAGUUGGUCAAGCCAAGAAGGUCAAGUUGGAGGGCCACAAUUAAUUGCGUCCAUGAUGCACGGUGUGUAACAAGGCAAAUAAAUAAAUAAAUGAUGCAUGAUGAAUCGAAUCAGCAACGUUUUG